UCGCUCUGACAUAGAAAGUCAAACCGAGAAAAUUUUCUGGAAAACCAGCGUUUUUGCGAAAAGAAAUGUCCAAGUCUGAAACGGAAGCAGUUUCAGUGCCACAGGAGGUUCAUAGAACCCCUGAACCUACGCCUGCAGAAGGCCAGGCUCAAAACGUGGAGCUGCAGGCAACAGCUCUUAGCAAUGGCUUUCACAUGAACACUUCUGGUGAUGGUGAAGUGAAAUGCCAGGCAUCUGAUGAAUAUGCGAAGUCUAAAUGUGAUACAGACAGUGAGUUAACACAGAAAGAAUUAGGUGCUACCAAAGACAAUACUUCCUUUGAACCAGAUAGUGCCCAGAGGGCACCUACCUCUGCAGAGGCUCCAUCUGCUCAUGUUGCUAAGGCAACUGAAACACAUCAACCAGGAGAGGCUACUGCAGCAGCAACAGCACAGGCAGCAAGUGCUGCAGACACACAGCAUCCUGAGGAAGCAUCAGCAGGCACAUCUGACACACAUGGCUCUGAGGAAGCAUCAGCAAGCCCUUCUGUAACACAAGGUUCUGAGGAAGCAUCAGCAAGCCCAUCUCAAACACAAAGCUCUGAGGAAGCAUCAGCAAGCAGAUCAAACAAGGCUGAGGAACAGAAUGAUGCAGCCUCUGUGAGGGCAGAAUUAGAAAAGGAGAAGGAAAUUGACAUCUUCGGAAAUGGACUCCUUGUAAAGAAGGUGAUCCGUAAAGGUAGCUCUGAUGAACGUCCCAAUGAUGGCGAUACAUGCACCAUCAACAUUGAAGUCAAAUUGGCUGAUGGCACACUUGUAGAUCAAAUGGAGAAAUUCAGCUUCUUCCUCGGAGAACACGAAGUGAUGCUUGCCCUUGAUGUUGGAAUCAAAUUCAUGUACAUUGGAGAGAUCAGUGUCUUUCGCACAGAUGCCAAAUAUGCCUAUGGAGAAAGAGGAAGGGACCCAGAUAUUCCAGCCAAUUCCUCCUUGGUUUUGACUGUGGAACUCGCUCAAGUUUUCCCAGGUGUUGACAGACAGAAGCUCUCAGUAGACCAGCGUCUGGCCUUGGGAGAAAAGAAACGAGUGAGAGGAAAUCAGCUGUAUUCAUGGAAAGAUUAUCCAACAGCUAUUGAGGUCUACAGUCGGGCUCUUCACAUCUUGGACCCCCAAUCUGGAUCCUUCACAGAAGCACCAGAGAAACUACAAGAGUUUCUGGACUGUCGCGUCAAAUGCUACAACAACAUGUGUAUAUGCCAGAUGAUGCUUGGCCAUCAUGAAGCUGCAAUUAAAUCAGCUAACGAAGUCUUGAAUGUACAGCCAGACAACUGGAAAGCUCUCAGCCGUCUUGGCAAGGCUCUUGGUGAAUCUGGAGACACAAAGAAAGCCAUAGAAAUUCUGAGGAGAUGUGAAAAACUUAAUAAGAAGGAUAAGAAAUUCCAAUCUCAGAACCAAGCACUGAUGCAGACCUACAUAAAGAAAUCUGUGAAGGAAACAGAGAAAGAGAAGAAGAUGUAUAAGAAAAUGUUUGGACUACAAAAACCUGCCACUCCUAAAGUAGAAAAGAAACCCACCUCUGUUUUUGCUCCAUCAUGGAAAUGGGCCUUAGGAGGUGUUGGUAUGGCCUUAGUGGCAGUGGGAGUUACUGCAGCUUUCAAAUACUUCCAGCACUAAAUACACAAACUGUGAUAUCAGGAGAGGGUAGGGGGUGGGGAUGGUACAUAAUUCUUGAUUCUUUAACUUUUUCUUCAGUUAUUGCUUUAUAUCACAGUUUUAAGAUAAUUUAGAUCAGUGUGUUUUUAAGUUCAAUAUCAUUAUACAUUUAAGAUAGUUUGAUUUAGGGUCACAUUGAAGGUACUGUGUUAUUACAAGAUUCCAAAUUAUCCCUGUUUUGAGACCUUUCUGAGUUUGUUUCAGUUGUGUUGAUUUGGUUGAUUGUUGUUCAUGUCAUAACAAAAAUUUAUAAGCGUAUCAAGAUCAAAACUAUAAAGGAGUAAAGAUUUAAUUUGUGCCAAGUUUUCUACCAUCAGAGACAUGAACACGCUUUAUUAAUUGAUAUUUUCCAUUUUUCUACAAUGAUAUAAAACUACCCCUUUUGAUUUUAAGAAAAGUUAAUAUUAUAUUACAUAAGCUCCAGGGAAAAUAAUUUAUUUUUCAAAAAUUGAUAAAAUGGUUGGAGGAAAUGCAAACUGGUUGCAGAGGGAGACAGUAUUUGCAGGAGGGCGUAGAGUCGUACUAUAUUCAUUUCUACCUGUAUUGGCAUUUUCAUAUCAGCCAGGGAGAGAAGGAAAGACUGUGGACAAGACAAUUCACUAGGGAAUUUCCAACCAAGGAAAUUGUUGGGAGAGCUCUGGAUGGCUGUUACAUAUAUUGAUGAGUACCUAAUAAUUGUGUGUGUGUUUUUGCAGCUGAUCUGAUGGACAUGAUCUGGAAAAAAACUGCUUUUGGUGAAGCAAUAUGUUGAUGAUAUGAUAUGAGAUGGGUUGGCAUGCCUGUUACGGAAAUUAGUUAUCGGUUUAAUUUAAUCUCCUUUAAAGACCUAAUUGACUGUGCCUUUGUUGCCAUUUUGAAGGUCAUGUUUCUGCUAUAGUCAUAAAGACCUCACAGUUGGUACGCCUAUGUGGAUGUUUUAUGAUACACAAUGCCCCACAUCAAACGUGUCGAGGAAUAUUAGGGUGUGGCGGGAAUCUCUUAUUUAUCACAGACAGAUGUGUUUACUUGGAUGUUACCAGAUCAUUCUGCCUUGACUUGACGCUAGUUGGUGUGUUGUUGUGUACUGUACUGUGUCUGCAUUAAUUGUACUGGCACCGAGGUUUUAUUGACAAAAGGCGGAUCCCACUUUCAAAAUAUUACGAGGGUUGUCAGUAUGGAUAUUAGAGGAUGAUGAAUUGCCAGUUUGAUAACAUAUUUUUACGGCAGGAGACUAGCUUAUUUCAAUAUUAUGUUAUCGGUAUGUGAUUUCACUGGUUGUUGGUAAUUUUUCGGGGAUUCAUUGGGUUGUGCGCAAAACAUAUACUCUCCAAUUAUACAUGAGAAAUUCAUAAUGUGUAAUUAUUCCAGAGCACAUCAAAACAAAUACCUUGAAGUUUUGUGUAAAUGACCUGCCGAGUUUGAUUGGACGCAGAUAUUUCCACGCUCAUACCAGGUUCAUUAUCGAACAGCUACCUGUUUGUUUGGUGACUUCACUGUCUGGGGAAAAGAAUCACAAGAGUAUUCUUUUUCUUAGAUAGCAAGUCUGUCAAAUGAAAUAUGGAAUGAAUAUUGCAGUACAUUGGAGAUCCAAUUUACCCCUACUGCCAGUAUUUUAUCCCAUCCAAAAACCAUUAAUGGCACACUUAUAAACCCCUGGAGUAUUUAGACCAUCAAAAGGGUUUCUAUACACUCACAUUGUAAACCUAAUCAAAAAGGUACUCAUUUUUCGAGCUGAAAAUAACAUUUUAAAAUAAUUUGUGAAACAGUAGGUCAGAUAUAAUUUUCUUUGAAAUUAAUCCUAUGGUUAUUAAGAUUUAAGUAACUACCUUCAAUGUGUCCUAAAUUGAUGAAAUCCAUUUUGCCAGCAGAAGAUUAUUUGCAUUCCACUAUGGUCAUGCUUCAAAUUUUAAAUAGUAGAAAAAAACUAGUUAAUGUGGGUUUUUUAAAUAAAGAUAAGACUUGUAGUUCAUUUAAAUAAUUGGUGUACUUCUAGUCAAGUAAAGCUAUCUUCCAUGUAUCUUUUAGGGACAGCAUAAUUUGAUUAUCAAGGGAUAGUGCCAUACAUAUUGAAAAAAGGCAACAUUAGAUUUUUCUGUAAGUUUGGAGGUGAAUCAUGAUUAAAGGAGGGAACAUAACCUCAAACUUCAUUGCAUUGAUGUUUUUAUGUGUAUUUAACUUGUGCCAAAGUGGUUGAAGAAGAACAUAUGAAUAGAUGUAACAAGGAAAAAUGCCUUGGCCUGAUUCUCUCGCACGAAGGCUGCUUUGAUUUUUUGAGACUUUUUAAAGUCAUGUAUGUGUAUCGUAUGUACAGAUCAUGUACUUGUUUGUGUUACUUGUAAUAGAUUCAUCACUUUAUCAUAAAUGAAUCUCUUCAUUCACUUUCUGUGAAAAGUCCAAGAUUUACUGCUACUGUUGUAAAACUGAACAUCACACAGUGUCAAAAUAUAUACCCAUAGUAUAAAAGGCUUCAUGUGUUCUUAAAUGUGUAGAAGAUUUUUAUACAAAAUUCAAUGUGGUCUUGGUGUGAAUUUUCUUGCACCUUAAACAGUAAACAGUUUAACAGAAUGGUUUCUAUCUCUGUUUACAGAGCUAGAGGCACAUUACUGUAGGUGAAACCUUCGUAUUGAGUUCAGAAUUGUUUUAUAUUUCAUAAAUGUGUUAAUCAAACUGUUAUAAGGUUACAAAAACAACAUUUAAUCAGUUUCAAAAUAAUAUUCCCAUCGCAUUCCAAACAAAUUUAUCAUUUAUAUACCAUUUAUCAGAGUGAUUGUGUAGAAUUGACUUGGGUUUAAAUGUCAGCGAGAUACGAACAACACCGAGAGGAAAAAUUGCACUUUGUUAUGUGAUAGUGAAUAUCUGUGAUGUGCUGUUUAAAGAUGAACUAAAUAUAUAUCAUGUCUAUGAA